UUAAUUAAAGGAAAAAAUUGUUGUUAUUCUUACAUUAAAUUCGUGAAAUCGUAAACCCUUUUCACAAUUCUCACAAAUUUUCAUUCUUCAAGGCACAUAAUCUUCAUUUGACCCUUUUCAUAUUCUCACCAACUUUCCUACCAAACAAAAAUUUCCUUCUUUUUCUUUUUUUCUACCUUUCAAAUUUUCAUUUUUUUUUCCAAUUCACUUUCAAAUUUCGUGGUGGUUGUUGUUCAAUGCAUUGCCAUUUCACCAAACUCGUCCUUUCUUCAAUAUUCAUGAGUUUGUGACCAUUAAUUACUUAUAUUAUUCAUCAUCACCAUUCACCAUUCACCAAUCAUUAUUCUUUAUGGCUACUAUUACAAACUCAUCAACAUCUCAUGACUUGUGUUCCUCAACAAGAAAAUCUUUGCCUUCUGCAUCUCAUUCAUUGGCAUCAUCACCUCGUUUGAGUUUUGUUAGUUUUAGAAAAGCCAAGUUGGGUUUUGAGUCCAAGAAACUGGAAUGGAAAAGAGGAAGAAGAGAAGAGUGGAGAAAAUGGAGUGUGAAGUGCACUGCAGAAGGAAUAGAUGGAGGAAUGUUUGUGAGAAGAAAAACUAGAGAAGAUGGUGUUGUUGUUAGUAGUAUUCCAGAGAGGUACAAGGUUGUGUCCUUGUUGGCAUGCGUCAUGUGUCUUUGUAAUGCUGACCGUGUUGUCAUGUCAGUGGCUAUUGUUCCUCUUGCAGCUAAACAUGGUUGGUCCAGUUCUUUUCUAGGCAUUGUUCAGUCAUCUUUCCUGUGGGGUUACAUAUUCUCUUCAGUGAUUGGUGGAGCUUUGGUGGAUAGAUAUGGAGGAAAAAGGGUACUGGCUUGGGGUGUAAUGUUAUGGUCUUUGGCAACUCUUCUUACACCUUUAGCAGCAAAUCAUUCCACAAUGGCCUUAUUGGCCGUUCGCGCUUUCUUUGGACUAGCCGAAGGUGUAGCUCUUCCAUCCAUGAGCACUCUCUUAUCAAGGUGGUUUCCAAAUACUGAGAGAGCUACUGCAUUUGGAAUUUCAAUGGCUGGUUUUCAUAUUGGCAAUGUAAUAGGCUUGUUGAUAACACCGAUUAUGUUGUCAACUAUCGGAAUUUUCGGCCCGUUUAUAUUAUUCUCAUCUAUUGGUUUACUAUGGGUGAUGACAUGGACAUAUCAAGUUACAGAUGAUCCUUUAGAAAGCAAUUUCAUUAGCAGAUCAGAACUCAGAUUAAUCCAAGCAGGAAAAACCGCUUCUCCGAAAAAGAGUAACAAGUUUCCUCCACUAGGCCUUAUUUUAUCGAAAUUACCAUCUUGGGCUAUAAUAUUCGCGAACGCAACUAACAACUGGGGUUACUUUGUUCUCCUAUCGUGGAUGCCGGUUUAUUUCAAAAGCGUUUAUAAUGUGAAUUUGAAGCAUGCCGCAUGGUUUAGUGCAGUUCCAUGGGCAACAAUGGCAAUUUCAGGUUACCUAGCUGGUACUACAUCAGAUUUCUUAAUCAACACCGGAUAUCCGACAACAUUUGUCCGUAAAUUGAUGCAGACAAUUGGAUUUAUUGGACCAGCUGUGGCGUUAAUCGGCUUGAAUUAUGCAAAUACACCGACAAUUGCUGCUACACUCUUGACUGCAGCUUUGAGCUUAAGCUCUUUCAGCCAAGCUGGUUUUAUGCUUAACAUACAAGAUAUUGCUCCUCAGUACGCAGGAAUUCUACAUGGAAUAUCAAAUUCAGCUGGAACUUUAGCAGCUAUCAUAAGCACGAUUGGAACUGGUUAUUUUGUUCAAUGGCUGGGAUCGUUUCAAGCGUUCCUAACUAUAACAGCAUGUCUUUAUGUUGUGACCACCGUUUUUUGGAAUCUUUUUGCCACAGGAGAGCAAGUUUUGUGACAACUUCCUAUAGGAAAAUUAUUACUAGGUUUUACACACCAGAAACGCGACAAAUUGUGAAUUAAUUUAAAAACUUCAUUUUUUUCAGUAGAAUAAAUGAAUGGAAUGAACUCUUUCCUCCCUGUGUAGGUUCAUAUAAAAAAUUAUUUCAAUAUAUCUACUCUUGUACCGUGUC